CUACUACUUGAGAUAUAAUAAUCCUGCGUAUGCCAGCACUAGAGAACACGCGAAACACGUGAUUCACCCACGCCGGAGAAAAUGAGCACCGGCGCUGGAAAGGUGAUGUGUGUCACCGGCGCUUCCGGUUACAUCGCUUCCUGGAUAGUCUAAUUCCUUCUCCAUCGCGGCUACACCGUUAAGGCCACCGUUCGCGACACGAGUCCGUCACGUUUACUCUCCUUUUUCUGUCACUUUUUUCCUUAUUAUCGGCAAAUGUUAGCCGCUAGUUUUUGUCGGAAGAAGAUAUUCGAACCCACCACCUCUCUCUCUUUCUUCCUUCAACUACCAAGUCUACAUUUUCCUCAUUGUUGUGGUGCCCAUAAUUCAAAUUUCCUCGUGCAUCAAUAUUAUUUUAUUUAAUAAUUAAAAGAUUGAAUAUCGAAUGAAUGUGUGGUGUGCCAGAUGAUCUGAAAAAGAUAAACCACUUGGUUAGCCUCGAUGGUGCUAAGGAGAGGCUGCACCUCUACAAGGCGAAUCUUCUCGAAGAAGGUUCCUUUGACUCUGUCUUUCAAGGUUGCCAUGCUGUGUUUCACACUGCUUCUCCCUUUUAUCACGAUGUCAAGGACCCCCAGGCUGAAUUGUUAGACCCAGCUUUGAAGGGGACUCUCAAUGUUCUGAAAUCGUGUGUGAACUUGCCAACGCUGGAACGUGUCGUUUUAACCUCUUCUGUUGCUGCAGUUGCGUACAACGGAAAGCCUCGUACUCCCGAUGUAGUGGUUGAUGAGACAUGGUUUUCUGACCCGGAUUUCUGUAGGGAAUCACAGAUGUGGUAUACACUUUCAAAGACUUUGGCCGAAGAUGCUGCCUGGAAAUUCGUAAAAGAGAACAGCAUUGACAUGGUUACUAUUAACCCAGCAAUGGUGAUAGGACCUCUCUUGCAACCAGUCCUUAACACAAGUGCUGCUUCAAUUUUAAACAUAAUUAAUGGUGCACAAACAUUUCCAAAUGCAUCUUUUGGUUGGGUCAAUGUGAAAGAUGUUGCAAAUGCGCAUAUUCUAGCAUAUGAGAAUGCUUCAGCUAAUGGAAGAUAUUGCUUGGUUGAGAGAGUGGCACACCACUCGGAACUUGUGAAGAUUUUACGUGAUUUGUACCCGACAUUGCAACAUCCAGAGAAGGCGAGCCUUGGUGCAGCGGUAAAGUUGUGCCUUGGUGACUUGUUGGUCAUGGGUUCGAAUCCGGAAACAGCCUCUUUGCAUAUGCAAGGGUGUGCAGAUGAUAAGCCAUAUGUGCCAAUAUAUCAGGUUUCCAAAGAAAAAGCAAAGAGCUUGGGGAUUGAAUAUACUCCUUUGGAAGUGAGCCUCAAGGAGACUGUGGAAAGCUUGAAAGAAAAGAAGUUUACCAACUUUUAAUUUGUAAUAGCUCCUAGAGGAGAAAACGUUAAUAGUAGAAACCUUGUGUGGUUGCUCAUUUGGCUUAUGAUGCUCAUGCUUAUGAACAAACUUACUAUUAAAUAAGACUUAAAUCAAAAUUGGUAUAAGUACUGAAAAAAGCCAUUCUUGGUCUGAUUAGCACCAGUGACAACUAAGUAUCGAACACGUGUGUCCAAGUAGAGUUUGCAUUACAAAUUGUAUCCUUGUUAUAUUAUAUUACUAUUUACUAGGAAAUGUCUGAUGCAACCAAUGUUCUUAAAUAACUGUUAUGGCUGGCGUCAUAACACUAUGAUGUGGCAUUUUUAGA